AUGCAGGGUUUCUCUGCUUACGCUGAAUCCGGUCUUCACAUGUAUUUGGUGCAUGUUCUGUCUGAAUGUAUGGGUUUUUCCACUCUCACUCAACAAAAUAGUGCUCACUAUGUCCGACCGACGUUUCGAUGGGUGCCACUGCCGAUGACCAAGGCCAAGGACCAACCGACAAACACAGUGAUCCAG